AUUAAUUCGGUAAUUGUUCAACUUCGAAUUGUUCAAUGAAUAAAUGUUUUAAUUUCAGUGUUUUCGAACAAACAAGUUUUGUGAAGGAUUGUCCCAGCGAUGUUGUUUUGGUCAAUUAUACCUAAUACAUUAAUCCUCGGAGUUGGCGUCACCUGAUGAAGUUUAGAACCCAAUAAAAGAAACGUCGUGAUGAAAACUUGGUCCUAAAGUCAUGAAGCCCCACGUCCCCACAGCCUCCUUUUAUUUUAAUUGUACGAAGUGGUCUGAACCAAAGAGAGCGCCGUAGUGUAGUUGUCUGCCACAUCGAGAGGAUGGGUUGGUGAUGAACAGCAGCAGCGGGACGCUGGGGCGUCGCGGGCUGAAGGGCUCGGCAGGCAUGAGACGUCAAAGGAGCUUGGAAUGGCGGCAAGAACGCGGUUACAGCUCCAGCGAAGAAGAAAUUCCCACCAGACCUCUAGACAGCCACGUCUUCGCAUCCCUGUUGGCACAGGCCCAGCAGGAAUACUCGAGUGUGGAUCGGUCGUACCGCUCGGACGACACCGAGGACGCCGUCACCACGGACAACCCGACCACCCCUUUCCCGACCCCGCCACCCACUCUGGUGUCGCCCCGCUCGCCGAUUCCCUUGCACCGCCAAGCGUCGCCAUUUCCCAUGGAGAACACGAACACUAGAAGAAUCCACUACGCGACCCCGCAGGAUCGCCUACGCGGCAACAAUGGCGAAGUCAUCUACGCCAGCAACAAAAAGAACCUCUCGAACAGCACUCUCGGGCGUACCGGGCGGGGACGGCACAGGACCAGCGGCAUGACUUCAUCCAGCAGCGCCACUUCCUGCAACAGCUGCAACGACGGCCGGAUACCACCGUCUGGGAGCACCGAUAUCGGCUAUCACGAGCAGCAGCAGCGGAUCUGUCUCAAUAACGACGUGAACGAGGAGUCGCCGCCAGAGCCGGCCCCGCCGGAAGUGCCCCCGAGGGGACCCUCCCUGCACUCGGCCACCCUGCGACGGAGGGCCGACUACUCGCUGCCCGUGGGCGACGGCCAGGGCACACAGGAGUCGCAGUUCCUCUCGCAAGGAGAGUACGUGCUCAGCGGCAGCCCGCGCGCCCCCAGCUACCCCGCCAGGUCCCCGAUGGCGGCGGCCGGCGCCGCCCCCCAGCACAGGCUGGCUCCAGGACUUCAGCAGACGCAGCUCUCCCAGCAGAUGCCCGCCAGCAGCAACUCGUUGCAAGGGGCCCCUCAACAGUCGCCUCUGGUAAUGCCGGUCUUCCCCCUUCGACCGGCCCAGUCGGCACAUCCGCCACAUUACUCGCCGUAUUCCCCGUCCAGGUUCCACAUCGACAAAAGAUGUCAACACCGGUGCUCAUGGAAAUGCCUCAGCAUCGGCCUGAUCCUGCUGGCGGUCGCCCUAACCGCCAUGUUGGCGUAUUUCGCAGCUGUCAGUUCGAUGAAACCGAACAUGGAUCCGUCGAACUGCAUCCUAGUGCAAGACGUGAAAGACGUGACGCACGACCAGAUGACACAGGGCUCCGUAUCGACGCAGAUGCCGACCGAAGAAUCCCUCCCGACGAGCACCGCGGAGCAUUCGAGCGCCACAACCCAGCACAGCUCGCUGCAGCCGCCGCAGCAACGCAGCCAACCGCAGACGCAAUGGCCGCCGCUGCCCCUGCUCGAGCAGAGGGAGCUCAACGUGUUGCACACGGUCACGAUACCGCCAUAUCAGUUCUGGAAUUCCGAGUUCCGGAACAAACAGCCGGCAUUUAUCCGAUUCAAUUUCACACUGCCUUGGGGCGCCAACUUCGCCGUGUUCGGCCGGCGAAACGUCGCGCCUAGCGUGACGCAGUACGACUUCGUGGAGUUCAUCAAGGGGGGGCGCUUGGACCACCGGCUGCGGCGGAAGCGGGAGGCCCCGGACGACGACGACGACGACGACGACGUGGCGCCGUUCAGGUUCGCGUACGAGAACAGAAACGCACGGACGGACGUCUUGGAUAGCAUCUCCAGCUCGUACGAGGGCACGAGGAAGAUCCUGGCCGAUUCGGAGCCGAAGGGGCCGUUCUACGUGCCGCACAGCAUCAAGCUGGCUUAUCCGGAGGACUUAUCGACGGACCUGCCCCACCCCACCGUGGAUCUGGGGGUGGCUAUCGAUGAGCACGUGAUUGCGAAGCGGGAGGCCGAUAUGGAGCCGAUGCUGGUGAACGUCAGCCUACUGCAAUAUUUGGACACGGGCCGCUGGUUCCUCUCGGUCUAUAACGACGAGCUUCAGCCGCACAGCGUAUCUCUGAUCAUUUCCGAAGCGGAGGGUGUCAGCACGACUUGUCCUAACGACUGUUCGGGGCGCGGAUCCUGCUACCUGGGCAAGUGCGAUUGCAUCGACGGCUUUCAAGGGAUCGACUGCUCCAAGAGCGUUUGCCCGGUGCUCUGUUCCGGCCACGGCCAGUACGGCGGCGGCCUCUGCCACUGCGAGGAAGGUUGGAAGGGCGCCGAGUGCGACAUCCCGGAGAGCGACUGUCGCGUCGCCGACUGCUCGGGCCACGGUCAGUGCGUGAGGGGCUCGUGCCACUGCAAGCCCGGAUGGAAGGGCGAGACCUGCGACGAGCCCGACUGCGAAGAUCCCACUUGUUCCGAGCACGGGGCUUGCGUCCACGGCCAGUGCUACUGCAAGGCCGGGUGGAAGGGUCCUCGGUGCGACGUCAUCGACGAGCAGGUGCACAAAUGCCUGCCGACCUGCUCCGACCACGGCGUGUACGACCUGGAAUCGGCGAAAUGCGUCUGCAACCGGCACUGGACCGGCCCCGACUGCUCCCAAGCGUUGUGCAAUUUGGACUGUGGGGCUCACGGUCGAUGCGACUCGGGGAAGUGUCGUUGCGAUCCCGGUUGGACCGGACCGAGAUGCGAGCAGCUGCCCUGCGAUCCGAGAUGUCAGGAACACGGACAAUGUAGGAACGGAACGUGCGUUUGUUCGCAGGGAUGGAACGGACGCCACUGCACCCUCCCUGGAUGCGAGAACGGAUGUUCGGGCCACGGCCAGUGCACGCUCGAGGAAGGCCUCUACAAGUGCGUUUGUAUCCAAGGAUGGGCCGGAUCCGAUUGUAGUAUUCCGCUGGAGAUGAAUUGCAACGACGACGUGGACAACGAUCACGACGGGAUGACGGAUUGCUCGGACAGCGAGUGCUGCACGCACUCCAGCUGCACGGACCACAUCAUGUGUCUGUCGAGCAACGAUCCCGUGGAGGUGUUACUGAGGAAGCAGCCGCCGUCGGUGACGGCGUCGUUCUACCAGCGCGUCAAGUUCCUCAUCGAGGAGAACUCGGUCCAGUCGUACUCCCACAUGGACGAAUACACCGAGAGCGAGUUCUGGAAUUCCUUUACACCGCGCCGUGUAGCAGUAAUGAGAGGUCAAGUUGUUACACCUCAAGGACUAGGAAUUGUCGGAAUAAGGGUUUCCGUCGAUAGGGAGUCGAGGUUCGGAUUCACUUUGACCAGACAAGGCGGAUGGUUCGACGUGCUCGUGAACGGGGGCGGCGCAGUCACCCUCCAGUUCCAAAGAUCGCCCUUCAAGCCCCUAACGCGCACCGUCUUCGUCCCCUGGAACCAGAUCGUCGUCCUCCCGCCCGUUCACAUGCAGCUGAACGACGAAUCCGACGUCUCCACCCUCCAUGCCAGCUUCCUCAGCAGAAACCCCGCCAUAAACUUUCCGGGCGUCUCCCGCUCCCUCUUCGGUUCGACCGGAGCCCUCCCGAGCACCUGCGACGACCACGAUCCGGAACUACUGAAACCCGUAAUCACCGGAACUUGGAUGCCCGAAGCCGUCGGCGGUCUGCCCGGAAGGAGCGUCAUUUUUGCCGAAACCCAGAUCGUGCAAGAGAGUAUUCCCAUCCCGGGAUCCGACCUGCAUCUGAUGUACCAAAGUUCGCAAGCUACGGGCUACUUGAGCACGAUUUACAUGCGUCUGACGGGGGAUACGAUCCCGACUACUUUGACCCACGUCCACGUGAGAGUGGAAGUGGAGGGAUCGCUCCACGUCAAAACUUACGAGGCCGACCCGGACCUUUUGCACAUUUUCGCUUGGAACAAGAGGAACGUGUACAAGCAGAAGGUGUACGGGAUCGCGCAGGCGAAGGUGUCGAUCGGGUACCAGCACUCGACGUGCAUGGAGCCGAUCUGGGAGACGCAGACGGCGGACUUGAAAGGGUUCGACGUGGACAUUUCGGAUAUAGGAGGCUGGGGGUUGGACAUACACCACCACUACAACUUCCACGAGGGGAUUUUGCAGAAGGGGGACGGUUCGACGUUGCACUUCAAGCAGUAUCCGAGGACGGUCAACGUGGUGAUGGGGACGGGGUUGCAGAGGUCGCUGGACUGUCCCGGGCAGUGUGGAGGCCCGGCGAAAGACGCCAAGUUGUUGACGCCGGGAUCGUUGGCCAGCGGGCCGGACGGGAGCAUCUACGUGGGGGAUUUCAAUCUAGUGCGAAGAAUCACUCCGGAGGGGAAUGUCUACACGGUACUACAAUUGAGAGCCACGCAAGUCGCUUAUCAAUACUACUUGACUAUAUCCCCGGCCGAUGGUCACUUGUACGUGUCCGAUCCCGAGAAACACCAGAUCCUCAAGGUCCUGUCCCUGGAGCCCGUGCAAGACCCCAGCAUUAACAGCGAGCCGGUUGUCGGGAACGGUGAGCGAUGCAUACCUGGGGACGAUAGUCAAUGCGGUGAUGAAGGACCGGCGAAAUAUGCUCGUUUGGCUCAUCCCAAAGGUCUGGCCAUUGCCGCCGACAAAACUAUGUAUAUCGCCGACGGGACCAACAUCAGAGCAGUCGACCCCAAGGGGAUAAUUCACACGUUGAUUGGUAAUCACGGACACCAUAACCACUGGAGUCCUAUUCCGUGCCACGGAGCGCUCCCCGCUAAUCAAGCGCAGCUACAGUGGCCCACGGGUUUGGCCCUCAGCCCUCUCGACGGCUCGCUUCACUUCGUCGACGACCGCCUAGUGCUCAAGCUCACCGCCGACAUGAAAAUCAAGGUCGUGGCAGGGACGCCCUUGCACUGCCACCGCGAGGACAACUCCACCAAAACGCAAACCGAUGACGUGUUAGGGACCGUGCUUGCUCUAGCGUUUUCGCCGAACGGUGAUUUCUACAUCGCCGAAUCCGACACUCGCAAAGUCAAUUACGUGCGCUUGAUCGACUCUUCCGGGAAGAUUACCCAUUUCGCUGGAAAAAUCCAGGACCGGGCACGGAACAACUGCGACUGUUCGACUAACGCGACGACGGUGAGUCCUCGCAGUAGCGACCCUCCGCCGGCGUGCAUUUGCGGCAACACGGACGAGACCACGAGCAACGCCGAGACGCUCUUGUCGUCGAACGCGAGGUUCCAGGCCAUUUCGGCGCUGACCGUGUCUCCGGGGGGAGUGCUGCACGUGGCCGAUCAAGGGUCGCUGCAUAUUCUGGCGCUCCAGCAUUAUUUACCGACGCAUGACGAGAACGGGGAGUUUAGAAUACCGUACCCGGCGGCCGGGGAGGUCUACGUUUUCAAUCGAUACGGUCAACAUGUCGCCACCAAAGAUCUGGCGUCGGACAAGACGCGCUAUUCGUUCCUGUACUCGAAAAAUACCAGUUUCGGGAAAUUGUCCACUGUCACGGACAGCUCGGGGAAUAAAAUACAGUUCUUGAGGGAUUACAGUAAUGCCGUUAGUUCGAUUGAAAACACACAGGAUCAUAAAUCCGAGCUGAAAAUAUCAGGAGUGGGAUAUUUGGUUAAGUUGUCGGAAAAGGGGAGAUCGGAGAUCGAGUUGGACUACGACAUGAAUUCGGGGCUCCUCACGAGCCGGUCAGGGGGUGGAGAGACCUUCAUCUACCAAUACGACUGGAUCGGGAGGGCGACGGGGGUGAUCCUGUCGAGCGGAGAGUCCCUGGAACUGACGUCGAAGAUCGCGGAAGACGAGGGGUUGGAAAUAACGGUGAGCAAACCCCCGACGCAGCUAACCGUCACAGGCAAAGCGAACAAAAAAGUCAUCAUUAUCGACGGUACGUAUCACACUCCUCCCCCCCAUCGACGUGACUUUAUCGCUUUCGCUUCAGAUUCCGAAGUCACGGAAGCCGUCACCCUCACCAACUCCACCGUUUCGGUGAACUCGGCUUGGGGCGGACGAAUGGAGAUAGCGGCGGUGGCGCGCCACCCCCUAUUGGAGGUGUCGCUCCCCGUCGAAGCCGAGAUGUUGCCCGUGUGGUCCGAGCAGACCACCGUCUUCGGCGAAGACAACCAGAACUUCAUGUCGACCUCGUUCAGUCUCGUCGGGGACGUCCGCAACCCCCAACAAACCCUCAACCGGGAAAUUUACGUCAACAAUACGAAGAUUCUCGGCAUCGAAUUCGACCAAUUCACGAGUAAAGAGAUAUUUUAUGACCACGACAAACUGCCACUAUUGACAAUAACGUACGACCCGGCGGGGUUACCAUUAGCAUACAUUCCGCACAAUGGUGCGGACACCCUCAACAUAUCAUACGACACCUUCAACCGAAUCGAUUCGUGGAAAUGGGGCGAUAGCGAAUUGAAAUAUAGCUACGACAGGCACGGAUUGCUCUCGGAGAUCACGAGCAGUCUGGACGGGACGCAAAUGUUCACUUACAACGAUUGGAAUAUGCUGUCGAAGAUCACUCUGGCGAGCCAGAGGAGCUUCUCGUUGUCGUACGACGACGACGGGGGGCUGCGGCACGUGACUCUACCGAGCGGGACCAAGCACUCUUUCAGUUUACAACCGUCUUUGGGCUUCUUGCGGGUUACGUACACGCCCCCGGGCAGCGUGAGGGCCUACUUGCAGCACUUCUCCCAUUCGGGGCGACUGCUCCAGACCGUGUUCCCGGGAGAAGGGGCUAGGGUGGUGUACAGGUACAACACGAACGGCAGAUUGAGGGAGGUCGUGCACGGCGACGGCAAAACCCUGUACCACUACUCGGAAACUUCCGGUCUACCGAGCCAGAUUUCUCACGUGGAACCCGAUUUGGAGUACCGCUGGGACUACCAGUUCAUCGGCGGGUUACUCAUGGAGGAGAGGAUUGAUUUUGGUGCCAAAACUGGACUGAGCAACGCCAAAUUCACCUACGACUAUGACAAUAACUAUAGAUUGAUAGCGGCGCAAGGACGGAUAGGGGGGCAGAACUUGCCGCAGUACAAUCUGGCGUACAAUUCUAAAACGGGAGCGUUGGAGAUGAUAGGGUUGUUCAAGAUCAACAAGCCGAAGACUAACGAGACUCAGGUUUACGACGGGACGGCUUUGUUUUCGAGGAGUAUCAGCUCGAGGUUUUUGGAGACUCAAGUGGCGUUGACCAUACACGGAAUGGAGGUGUUCAGGAUGGAGUUCAGUCAUGACAUGCAUGGGAGAAUUUCGCAGACUAGGACUUACACGAGGAACGUCGGCGUUAAUCCGUACACGAACAUCAAGAAUUACACUUGGGAUUGCGACGGGCAGUUGUUGGGAGUGGAGGCACAGGAGCCUUGGGGGUUCAGAUACGACGACAACGGGAAUAUGUUGUCGCUGACGUACAGAGGAAACACUAUCCCCAUGGAAUAUAACGCGAUGGACCGGAUUAUCAAAUUCGGCGAAGGUCAAUACAAGUACGACAGUAGAGGCCUGGUGGUCCAAAAUGCCCGCGAAGAGAAAUUCCACUACAACGCCAAAGGACUUUUAGUGAGAGCCACCAAAAGAGGGCGUUUCGACGUAAGAUAUUUCUACGACCAUAUGGACAGAUUAUCGGCCCGCAAGGACAACUACGGAAACGUCACCCAGUUCUUCUACAACAACGAAUAUCGCCCGCGGGAAGUCAGCCAGAUUUACUCACCACGUGACGGCAAACUUAUGUCUUUAGUGUACGACGACAGAGGUCACUUGAUUUACGCCCAAGUCUACCGACACAAGUACUACGUAGCGACCGACCAAUGCGGUACUCCGGUCAUGAUUUUCAACCAGUACGGUGAAGGAAUUCGGGAGAUCAUGAGGUCCCCGUACGGUCACAUCGUUUACGAUUCGAAUCCGUACCUUUACUUACCGGUGGACUUCUGCGGCGGGCUCUUGGACCAGGUCACCUCGUUGGUCCACAUGCCUAAUGGAAAAGUCUACGACCCGCUAAUCGGACAGUGGAUGUCCCCCCUGUGGGAAGACGUCCUCGAGCGAGUCGCCACUCCCACCCAACUCCACUUGUACCGCUUCAACGGAAACGACCCCAUCAACAUGGGAGUAGAACGCAACAGACCCACAGAUCACCUCGACUGGCUCGAGAAAAUCGGUUACGACCUCCAGAGUCUCGCCCCUCAGCUCUUCCCCGAUGCUCUUCCAGGCGGCCGAAUGCCCCCUCUUCUCACCCAACCGGGAACCUUCUGGAAUCCGUCCAAAGAAACCAUAAGUAGCCAACUCACCAUGCACUCGAGUUCCACCGACAUCCAAUCAGGCUUCCUCGCACACUUGAACACUCGCAAAAUGACAACGGCCAAAGAUCUGUCAGCCCCUUCGAAAUCCGCACUCAAGACGGACGUCAUGGAUUUGAUCCCGAAGAAAAUCGGGGCGGCUUCGGAUCCUCCGUUCGGACGAGGGAUUCUGGUGUCUAAGACUUCGCAAGGUCAAGCGAUCGUGUCUAGCGUUCCGGCCGCCAACGCCAUCUACAGGGACGUGUACACUUCAGUCUUCAAUAGAUCGUAUCUUCUUCCUUUCACUUUCGUGGUUCACAGCGCUCAGCAGGAUGCGUUCUACUUUGUCAAGGAGGAGACGUGGAAGGCGAACGACGAUAAAGGACAGUUGAAGAGGUUGCAAGGGCAAGUCAACACCACGUUCCACGAAAUAGCCAAAGAAAACGGGAGCGGGAAUAACUACUUCGACGUGAAAAUUCACGGUGCGAACGCCGUGGUUAAUCUGAGGUAUGGGACGACUAUGGAGAAGGAGAAGCAAAGGUUGCUGCACCACGCGAAGCUUUCGGCUAUACGAAAAGCUUGGCACAAGGAGAAGGAAGCUUUGAAGAGUGGAUUUUCGGGAACGGUGGAGUGGUCGUCGGGGGAAGUGGAAGAACUGAUGAAAUUGGGCUACGUUUCGACGUACGAGGGCGAUUACAUUCACGACGUAUUGUUGUACCCGGAAUUGGCGGAGGAUCCUUACAAUGUUAAGUUCACGAAGAAACAGAGCGACUCGUCGAAGAAAAGGCGAAGAAAACGGGAGGCGAAGAAAAGCUGUCAGGAUAGAUGGUGGUUUUCGUGGAGCGAAGUAUGCUAGUGACCAGAUAAAGACAAAGUGAAACUAUAUUCAAUUAACUAAGUGUGAUGUACCAAGAAUUAAGCUUACAUGAUAAUGUGAGACAUUUUAUACCAAUACCAAAGUCUAUUUGUGUAUGUACUUCAAAGAUGCCAAAAUGUAUAUUAUUUAUUUACGAUAUGUUACCUAUAUGUAUGUGAUUUGAGGUGGUUGGUGGGACUCGGUUCGCCGAAACGAUUUUUUUUAUAACUUUUGAAACAUGACUGACUGUUGGAGCGGCCGAGUCGCGCCGAACCGAAGAGUGUAAAUAUUUGCAUAAAUACUAUUAGAUUUAAAGAUGAAGAUGAAGAAACACAGUUUCGGAACAGCAUAGAAACGGUAUUAAUACAACUUAGAGCUUUAAAUAGCCCGAUAUUCGAAUGAUCGAUGAGCCAUUAGAACAGAGGUAUCAGAAUAAAUUUGUAAAUAUAGUCCAGUUAUUACCUUUUUAAUAAUUUUAAAAUUAAAUGAACGAAUUUAUCUUAGAUAGGCAAAGAAAAAAUGAAAAUCAUUGAUAUGUAUGUUGUGUUGCUUUACUUAAUAAUUAUAAGAUAUCAUUGUGACUGAUCUAUGUUCAUGAUAGUAAAGCAAACCUUAUCCGCUAUGUACCUUGCAGUCUUCUCACCACAUCUCACCAGAUCUUCUAAUUUUGUUACCAAAACGACGAAACUAUACUGAAACGAUAUAUAUAUUUUUACUCCGCCUGCCAGUGUAGUAUAUUUUGUGUGCUGUUGUUAUUACUGGAUAUUUCUACACAAAAUGUACUAAUUUAAUGUCGAUAUAUGUUGUCUACAGACUGUCAUAACUCGCUGGAACAUCAUUGUGUUGUUACAACGCUGUUUAUUAUACACUCGAUUUAUAUUCAAGAUAUUUAUUUGUACAGUAGCUUUAUUUGUCCAUCGCUAAAUGAAUUUAUAUUUUCAUUUAAUGGAAUCAUCUAAGUAUUAUAAAUGUUUUUGAAAUAAAGAACUUGUUUUUUA